UAACAUGCAAGCGUGAGUAUAUAAAAACACGAUAUUUCAUAACAGCUUUACUUACAAUAGAUCGUUCACUGCAAACUCUCUACUUGUGUUUCUUAUUACUAAAGCAGAUGUAAUGGAAAUAUUGAUAAGAAUAUAACCAAGUUCUCCGUCGGGCAACUGAUGUUUGACAACUGAUGUCAACACUUUGAGUGCCAAAUUUAAAACUUAACUUAAGUGAUUCAUAUCCCAGCACUCUGUUUGCAAUUGUAAUUCAUGAGGUAGCAUAGAAUAUGUAGAAUGAAAUUGAUCAGUGAUGCAUUUAGACUUGGCCGAUUCCUUCUUUCAGUUCCUCUUAAGGCAGUUCACUGGGCUUCAUUUAAGGUUGCCAGUGAUGUUAUUGAAUGGCAUCCUUUAGACUUGUUAGCUAAAGGAAGUAAAUAUGCCUUACUGAUCCUUAAUCAACCCAUUGGAUUUCCAAAAGAUACAACUGUUAUGAUAUGGAACCGAGCAUCUAUUCGAGCUACUGUGGAUGGUGGUACCAACAUCUGGUUCAAAUUUUCUGAGGGAAUGGAAAAUGAUAUUGGUUUAAACAAUCCUAUUCCUGACCUUGUGACUGGGGACUUUGAUUCGGCUGAACCUCGCUGUUUAAAGUAUUACCAAACGCACGGAGCCAAAAUAAUUCACACGCCUGAUCAGGAUGAAACUGACUUCAACAAAUGUGUUCGUCACGUUUACGCAGAGCUUACUUCUCGCGAAAUGAAGGUGAAUGCUAUUAUUGCAGUCUGUGAAAACACAGGCCGGCUGGACCAUAUACUUUCGAAUCUAAAUACACUGCAACAAGCUCGCGAUAUAAUAGGAGAAAUACCACUGUACCUGCUUACACACAAUUCCAUCAGCUGGGUCCUACAUCCUGGUCGGCACAGAAUACAUGUUGAUGAAAGAGUUGUUAAUCACUACUGUGGUUUAAUUCCUCUGGGCCAGCCUGCAUACGUGACAUCCUCGGGAUUAAAAUGGGACAUGGAUUGUUUGAAGUUGGAAUUUGGCGGCCUUAUAUCAACGUCAAACAUGUUUACCGAUCAGCCCAUUGUGAAUUUGGAGACGGAUCGCCCAGUUCUUUUCACUAUGACACUGCCUCAGUGGAAAUAAAAGAAGCGUCUUUCUCUUUGCUGUUACAAGUGCACAGAAGAGUAUCAUUUUCCAAUCAAAAAUAAAUAGUUUAAUUGCA